GCGCUGCGGCGGCUCAUCGCAGCCUCGGAAGCUGGAGCUGUGGAGGAGGCCCAGCGCAGCUUCGAGGAGCUGCGGCAGGUCGUUCCCUCCGGCCGCUUCGCGAAGCCCUUCUUGUGGAACUUGGUGCUCAAGGCCUGCGUCAAAGCCCGAGACUUCCCUGCCGCCGAGGCCUGGUUCCAGCGGCUCUGCGCGAGCCGCCUGCAGCCCAGCGCCCGGAGCUUCGGGAAGCUGCUGGCCGCGGCUUCGGCGGCGCCCCACAGGGCGGAGGCCUACUUCUGGGAAGGCCUGCGGCACACAGAGCCGGACAUGGCCUGGUACGGCGCGCUGCUGGAUGGCUGGGCCAAGGUGGACCCAGGCCGUGCCAGUGCCUGGUUCAAGCGCCUGAAGGAAGUGGAAGUGGACCCGCGCUGCCUGAAAUCCGUGGCAGUGUCUUUGGCGACCCAGGGAGACAACGAGGAGGCGCUGGCGUGGCUUGAAGGUGUCGAGGAGGCUGAGCUGUUGCGGGUCACCUUGGCGGCGACGGCAGAAGAUGCAGAAGGGGCGCUGAGAAAAAUGGAAGAGGCAGGGACUGCGGAUUUGCGUGCCUACACCUCCGCCAUCCGCGCCUUUGCGCGGCAAAGCGAUGCGGAGGGAGCCAGGCGCUGGCUGCGCGCGAGCGCCGGUGCCGACGCCGUGAGCUUCACCGCGGCCAUCGCCGGGUUCGCGCGGCGCGGGCAGCUGGCGCCGGCCAUGCUGCUGCUGGCUGAGAUGCUGGAAGCAGGCCUGGCGCCCGGCGUCGGCACCUGGACAGCGAUGCUGGGGGCGCUGGCUCAGCGCGGGGACGCCGCUGCGGCGCGGCGCUGGCUCCAGGAGAUGCAGAACGCGCAGCUCCGGCCGGAUGAGGCUGCGCUUGGCGCGGUGAUCUCGAGCUCUUCCAGAGCAGGUCAAGCUGACGAGGCUUUGCAGAUGCUGCGUGCCAUGCGGUCAGCAGAGCAGGCACCAGGAGUGGUGUCGUACACUGCAGUGAUCGCAGGCUUUGCCAGGCAGGCCGAUAAGUGUGCGAAUUCAGCCCGUUUUGCCCACAUUUUCCGCGACCCACGAACACCAGUUGAUCGUGUGAUCAAAGCCCGCUUGCGCAAGGCAAGCCAGACUCCAAAGAAUGCGAAAGGAGCCUUGAAGCGGACCGAGCCGUCGCUCGGUCUGUCCGAAACCGCGUGCGGUCUGUCUCUGCCAUGCUGCAUGGCGGCCUGGCUGCUGCUGCUGGCUGUGGCUGCACGGGCCCAGGCGGAGGGCGGGGAGUUUCCGGGAUGGCAGCCGUAUGACAACAGCGCAGCUCUUGCCAAUGGUGAAGCGGAAGUAGACAGCGUGAGCGUGGUGGCCUUGGUGGCCACCUGGCCAAGGCUGCGGCUUGUGGAGCUUCUCAAUGUCCCCCGCCAGACGCGGCCGGCGGCCUUGGAGGAGGCCAAUCGCAGCUAUGCCGUGACUUGCUACACUGAGACCCCUGUGCAGCUGCUGGAGGACACUGUCACAUGCCAGAAUCUCUCCCUCCAGAUGCAGGGCGGGUCCAGGGUGUUGACGGGCAGCGUCGCUUGCGUUGGGUCUGCACCCUGCACCUAUCACGCGUCCAUCGAGUCUCUGAGGGAGAACAGCGCCUUUAUCACCUAUGGCGGAGGCCUGGUGAUUUUGUUCGUGUGGCUCUUCUGCACGCUGCUGGGCAUGCCCGGCUCCCGGAAGCCCUGA